AUGACUUCCCUUUCUCCUCCCCCUCCAACUCUCAUCCAGGAUGACCCUAGCGCGGCAGACCUCGCUCGCAAGCGCUUUGCUCCAAGAGCUCGGUUUUUAUCACUUCCCAGUCUACGGUCGCCCCCUUCAAAGCCCUCUUUGAAACCAUCCACCGAGACCACUACUUUAGAGAUUGAUAGCACCAAUAUCGAUACCCCAAUUAAUCUAGACAACUCUGCCCUCAUCAACGACGACUAUUCUAAAGAUCUAUAUCAAUGGGCUGUGAUUUAUGAAAAUCAAAGAGGAAUGACACUCUUUUCAACCCCUUAUUAUUCCAAGCUGUCUCUUCUUCCUACAGACCCAUCUCCCUUCACUCUCCCUGACAACUCUUACAAGCGCUCCGAACAACCUCCUGUUUCCUUUGAAGAAUACCCCCUUCCCGACGGAAAUUGGCAUUGGGUUUCCCGUUGCUGGAUGAUUGACAUGCGUUCAGACUCAGGAGAGGUGCAACAUGAUGGAUUUGAAUAUAACUGGAUGUUUCGCAAGCACAAUUGGCGUGCCCAAGUCGGUUUCGUCAGCGCAGGUGGCUGGGUUAGGAGACGCCGUUGGGUGCGCCUCAUGCUGCGUCCUGGGAGAAAGGUCAUCGGAUGUACCGAUGGAAUAAGUGUUCCAUCUUCGUCAAAUGUGAAAAGCGGGUACCUGCGACAGGGACAGUCAACGCCCUCAUUGUUUCCCCCCUCCGUGCUCACAAGCAUCACUGACGUGGUAGACGACUGGAGCGAGAUGGACCCAAGCGAUGUGUGGAUAGGCGAUGAUCCUGACGCCAACUGGCAACGCUGUCACAAACUCAUGAAAAAGUUUGGGCGAGAUGGUCGCAAACUUGAGCUGUGGAGGUUGUGGUUUGGUUUCUAUCAUCCCGAGCACAAGCACAAGUUUUUGGAGACGGAUGAGAAGGGCAAAAGAAGGGAUAAGCAGUGGACGGAAGACGAGGGCCCUUUGCCAUCCGAAGCUCUUGCAUCAGACGCCCUAUCACGGGAAUCGGUGACGAUAGCUCCAAGAGAGGCUGUUAUUCCUGUCCUUCGCAAAUACGGGCAGACACUCCUACAUUCAUUUACCUAUCCCGAGUCUCGGGUCCAGUUUUUAAAAGUGCUAGCAAAUGCUGAUCUCUUGCUUGAGCUGAACGCAACAUUUGGGGUUGAUUCGACCAAUAUUGAGUUCUGGAGUUAUGCGAGUAGUCUGGAGGUAGUUGCAAAGUCGCCGGUGAAGGACAUGGCCGUCGCCGAUUGUUCUAUGUAG